AUGGCAAUUGUCGAUUCUGAAAGAGUCGCAUCCGAAGUUUUUGAGGAGAAUGCAUCAGUUCUCAAAGACGUGGUUUGUGUUGGCGAGCCUGAAAAGCUCCCAAUUCCAAUACAAACUUUUUUGGACGAGGUUGAUGAUAUUAGGAGGCAGUUGAACACCGUAGAAGACAACACCGCCCUUUUGAAAAUCAAACACGAACGGCUUUUAAAAUCGAUGAAACAACGAGACAUUGGAAAAGAAGGCGGUGAGUUGAAAGCGUUGGUUAGCACAUUGUGUAAAGAAGGGAUAGAGGUCGAGAAGAAGAUCGCCAAACUGAAAGAACAGAACGAUCAGUACGAGGUUGAUUAUACAAAUGGGACACUUUCGGAAGUCACUCCAAGCGAGCUCAGAAUACGGCAAAAUCACACAGCAACACUUUCUAAAACUUUUGUCAGGGUAAUGAGGGGGUCAAGAGAAGCACAAGAUAACAUCAAAAAUGAUUUGGUCGAAAAUUAUCAAUUACAAAUCAAAGAAAUGGGAAUAAACAAUCUGCCUCCCGAGCUUUCAACUGUUCAGGUUAUUCCGUCACAACAAGAAAUUAAGAAGAAACUUUCUGUGUCAAAACUGGUCAAAGAAGCCUCAAGGAGAAUGAAUAAGACAGACGGCUUGAAAACACUGGCUUACAUUAAGGCGCGUCAUGACGAGAUCUUGUGUAUUGUACGAAGCAUUGAUGACUUGUCACAAACAUUUGUUGAUGCUGCCAUUUUGGUACAGAUGCAAGGCGAGAUGAUCAACGACAUAUGCAAAAAUUGCGAAACUGCCCAAGAGUACACACAGCUCAGUGUCCACAGAAUUCAGACAUCCAAAAAAUUGACGAAGAAAGGAAGGUUCAAAAAAGCGUUUUAUAUCAUCUGCUCGUGUAUGAUCAUCUUUGUUAUUAUUGUCUGUGUCGGCAGUAUUGUACUUCCAAUUCUUAUCAAAGCUGCCGAGUUUACACUGGCCUGA